ACCCUUAUAUUGAUCCCAGACGGCGGUGGCGCUUUACGCAGAGAUUGCCGCUACUGCUGCACAAGAGCAGCCGCGUGCACGCAGGUGUGUUUCUUGCAGCUGUGCUGGUACUGCUGCUGCACUUCGCGGGUGGACUCGUCUGAGGCGAGAUCGCGCUGGUCGCCCUCUCCGCUGUUGACCAGCUUUUGGAAAAAGAGAGACAGAUUUUUCGUGGACAGACACGCGAAUUUUUCCUCUUUUUUGUAGAGGAAGAUUGCGCUCGGUUUGGCCUAUAUACACACACACACCUUGGCUCUUAGAGGCUUAGGGCAAUGGCAGCUUGAGAACCAGGAAACAAAUAAAUUAUGUGACAAUGUAGAACUAGAAAAUCAAGUACCGUAGACAAUUACAAGUUUAUUGAACGUCCUACAUUUUACGAAUCGAGAAAUGUUACGAAUCAGAUCAACACAUUGAUUCUGUCAACGACAUCUUUACAUUUUAAAAGAUAACGCAAAGACUGCACAGAUUCGCCACCGAUGAUCAGUAUGAUCACUUUGCGAAGGUGAGAUCCCACCCGAGCAGUUAAUAGUGAUAAACAAUGGCACCGCACUAUGUCACUACGGUGAUAACGGUGCUCGCUACAAUAAUCAGUGUCUGUAACGCUGAAUGUCAGACGAGAUCCGUAUACUGCUACGAAUGCGACUCCUGGACGGAUCUGCGAUGCAAAGAUCCGUUCAACUACACGGCCCUCCCGAGAGAUCAGCCGCCGCUCAUGACUUGCAACGGCUGCUGCGUAAAAAUGGUUCGAAACGCUAAAUCACCCUACGAGAGCGUCCGGAGAACGUGCACGUCGCAACUGCAGAUAAACUUAUUCAUGGUGGACCACGUGUGCAUGAUGGAAAGUACCGGCACUGGUCACAUGUGCUUCUGUGAGGAAGAUAUGUGCAAUCGUGUGUCCUCCUCCCUGCUCGCCAAUCCUCUGCUUCCCUGUAUCCUGGCGGCGAUCCUCGCUCUCGACUCCGUCCUCCGUAAAAACCCAGCUUGCUUUGUAGCUCGCUGUGAUGAAUAUCGUUAUGGCAAAACUCUAUAUCUCUUUUCAAAGUCAGUCUUCUUCAGUAGAACAACAGCAAAACUCUUUCAUUAUAGUUUUGAAAAAAAAAAAAUACUUCAAGUAGUUACAAGCAACAACAACAUCAACUAUAUACCAGUUAUGCGGUAUCUUCAUCACCAUCAAAUGGGAGAACGAUCGAGAUGGCACGUUUCAAAGCGACAACAAAAGACUUUAACUGCAAUUUGUGAUAUUUAAACUUCCGAUCAUACGGUCUUCCGCAAUUCGGUCAACUGUAUCCGAUGCGUGGUCCAUCUCGACGUUGCUCUUAUUCGUGUUAUUAUUUUAAAAUAUAGUCUGUAAAGUUGAUUUGAUUGAAAAUCGUCGAUCUAAGAUCUCUUCGCAUUUAAUGUGUAACACACUAAGCUCGAAGAGACUCUUGGAUUGUUUGCGACAACGAUUUUUCCUUGCUUGCCGAGGAAAGCAGGUAGUUUGAGAUCGACGAAGGAAACGAAGAUCAGUGUAAUUAGCGUAAUCUUCGUCGACUUCAAACUACCGCCAACUUAGUUUCAUCUACACACUCUUGAUCGAUUCACGUAUACUCGGAGUAUUUGUUUACGGUAUUCACUGCGACAUACUACACCUAUACUUCAACCAUGGCAGAAGCUCGAGAGACUCAUUAGACACACUGUUUCUUUUCGAACACAGUAUAAUUUAGAAAAUACAGACACAUAAACAUACAAAAACCGAGAUACUGCAUCGUAUGAGGCAGACGAGUAAUGGGCUUGAAAAGCGUUUACUUUUUCACGUGGCAUGUGUAAUAACUAUGGCAUGCCCACAAAAGUUAACCGAACAAGAGUACCGAGCGAAUGUGUCAUUUCUUUCUUCCAUGUAUGAGUAGCAUCGUAAUUUAGAGAAGCACUUCGAUCGACUGAUCUCGUGUUGCUGUGAACAUAGAGUAUUAAACGAAGGUACCUUGAUAACUUAGACAAUAAGUCAGACAGCAUAAAACGGACUUUGUGUGGGGUAUUGCAAUAGCAAGAGAUGGUUGAAAACGUCGAUGGAUCCGAGGUCGAAGUGUCUUCGGUUGUGCGAAUGAGAUGCUACUGUAGUGAAGCACGGUCGCACUGUACCACAUGUUGCGUAGAUAUAGUGAUUUAUUUUUAGACUAAACGAAAACAAACAAAUGAGUAUUAUCAUACACCGAACGAAUUGAACGAUGCAUUGAGUUUUUUAAGUAUAUUCACGAUAGAGAAAAUUACUGUCGGAAUGAUUUUCGCUUUCCAUUGUCUUCCUCGUUGUCAGCAAUGCUUUCGUUGACCAUAUGGUUUCGCUAUUUUUCUCUAUAAGAUAUACUUAUAAUACUGAGAAAAAUAUCGAUGUAAAUAAUAUCUAUGUUUUUAGACAAUAUGGUGUUUCCAUUGCAUGCCGGUGCUGGUCACCUGUUUAUUCUUUGAAAUUCUUUUCGUCUCCCGUAACUUAUACUUUACUUAAGAUUUACCUUCUACACGAGAAUGUAAGCGUUGUAUGUUGAUAACUUUUUACAAUUGAAUCGCGUAGUUUUUUAAAAAAGUGACAAUUCCAUGAAAGUCGUAUAUACAUUUACGUGAUUCUUCAAGUAUCCCCCUAUAAGUGUUAAUUAAUAUUAUACGCAAUACAACAUGAUAUAAAAGUUUCUUGUCUCACACGACAGCAUGAUGGCAUGAAGUAGUAGAUGUUUACAAACCUAUUGCAAGUAGUGUAUCCAAACGCGAUGGCUUGUUUACCACCGCCAACGCGCGAGUCGAGAGUAAAAAUAAAAUAGAUUGCCUUAAACGACACCGUUCAUUUUCAACUUGAACUAUUAAAAUCUAUGCUUUAAUUAAAAUCUUUUGGAAGCGAUUCAACGAGAGACACGUCGGUCACGUGCGCAGUAAACAAGCUAUUCGCAAUGAAACAAAAAAGUGAACCUACCUUCCACCCUGCUGACAAACAAAAAACGAAAUAAAUAAAGGCACUCUGCGAGCCUUCAAUUUGAGCCCGGAGGGCCCCUGUGUAUUGCGCAGGGGCCGCGAAAGGUCAAGCUGAACGCUCUUAUCCUCACAGAAAGGCUUACCACACUGGAGCCUUUUGCCAAAUAAAUGUCGCUGCAGCGCGAUGUUUCCUUGGCAGGCCAUGCGGCUCGUGUCGCGUCAUUUGUUCAUUGUAGCACGCGCGGCUGUGAGGCCACACUCGUUAUGUAUAUCUUUUAUUUUCAUUUUUAAUUUAUCCUUAUAUACAAUUAGGCUGAUUAUCUCUUUGUGUUUUGUAGUUGUUAAGGUAUACACAUAUAUUUAUUGUUUGUACCAUAAGAACAUUAUCUUUGAUUUUUAUACAUUUCACUUUUGAUUACUAGCUGAGUUACGGAUAUUGUAUAAAUAUAGCUGCAACAGUUUCGAGCUACGAAGAUUAUAUUGUAGAUCAUACGUGAUUAUACCGUAGUUCUUAAGUCAAUGAUUUUGAUGUAUCAUUUGUUGAGUAGUUUUAAUAUAUGAAAUUCAAUUGAUUGGAUAAUAUUUAAUCGUGUGAUAUGUGCCUUCGAUUAUUCUGUUACGAGUGGUUGAUUAUUGUGGGACUGAACGGUGAAUGAAUGACCUGACGCAGAACAUGCAAAAAUCGAGCUUGGACAAAGCAAUAAGAAAAUUUUGAUGAGUUUUAUUUUUGUCAAGAAAACGUUGUUGAAUUUGGAAUUUUCUUGAAUUUUCGCAUCGAAACUGCAUGAUUAAUUAAUUGCAAUCAGUACAGUAACUUUUUUACACGCUUACGUAUAUUUAAGUAUUUAUAUUUACGUAUGAAAUUAGCCAGGAUAUUUUAUGUAACGAGAAAAAAUUAUUAUGGUGGAAUUUACAAAAUUCAUUGUGGAGGAUCAUUAUUUGAAUCUCUGCUUGACUAUUUUUUAGGAAUUUAAAAUGUAUUUUGAACGUAAUUUCAUUCCUGUCAAUAAUUCAAUGUAAGUUUCUUCAUUCCAGCGGAAUUCAAAAUUUUGUGCUUAUCGGAACAGUUAUUUGUGUAUUAUAUUACAAGAUCUCUUUUUUUACUUACUUUUUCUCACGUAUUGAUUUCCUCUUAUUCACCUACCCAUGUAAAUUAAUAUAACUUAGAUGUGAAAAAAUGUAAUGUACAGUUCAAUCUCUUAAAAAUAAUUGUUAUCACAUAUUUAUUUGAUGUUCGAUCCUCUUGCACAAAACUUACUCUGAUCUUUUGACAGGCAAAUCGGACGAGGGAUAAUGAUGCGCAAGAUAAAUAAUUAUUUUUUCUCAAAUUACGACUUUGCGCUUCUCUAUGAUUUCGACUUUAAUUGUCAAGCUGUGUGGCCUCGCAGCCGUAAAAAUCCACGUGCCAUGUGAGGUACUAUCGCAAAAAGUUUUCUACACGUUAUGUCGCCAGAACAGAAUCCCUCCAAGUUGACAGCCAACAGCAAGAAGCUUCUUAUUGUUAUAUUAUACAUGAACGAAUUAUCAAUUGUGUAAGCAUAUGUAUUACCUUAAAUGACAUGUUUUUACCUUUCGAUUUUGAAUGUAUAAUCAUAUAUUAUAUACUUUAUGUUGCACCCGCAAUCAGUGUUAAACCGCUGGAAAGACAUAGAUAUCUAGACAAAUUAUCAAAUACAUGAAAGAUAUAUACUCGGCAGCGUUAUACAGUCGACAACGUAAGCUUUCGUUUGUCCAUUGUAUAUCCGAAAAGAACGAAAAAUAUCGCACACCCUUAUACCUAUUCGAAUUAUGUAUCUAACUAUAUAUCCAGUACUUUUCCCUUGAAAGGCACUGAAAACAUUUUUUACAAACCCGAACACUUUACAAUUGCACUUUUGGCCCCGCCCUUUUUUCAACGAUAUAUGCAAUUGUAUAACUCUAAAUGGCGUUGCAUCGAUUUGUUAUUUUAUCGAGACAGCGUUUGCAAGUUUUAAGCUAAAUGAUAUGCGAUGUAAAAAUGCAAAAAGCAUUUUCAGCGUUAAUUGCGCUUGGAAUUCUUAAAUCGAAAAUUCAAAUAACUAUCGUAAUAUAUGCAUAAUUGUAUGAAAAAAAAAAAUUUUAUCAGCAAUCGUGCACAUGCAUAGAAAAGAAAAAGUAUAGAUACAUAUUUCAUCAUGCAAUAUAUACCAGGUGUAAAUUUUUCAACGAAACUUUUUUUUUAAUCACGCGAUAAUAUACACAAAUUUGUAAAAAAACGAAGAUUAAAACAAUGUAAAACUCAAAUAACGCAAUUAAUUCAUAUGGAGAGUCAGAUAAAUAUUGCAAUAAUUUGGCUUAUGCUAUAACUAAAGUUCGAAUAAAUAACAUUUUUAGAACAUU